AUGGCAGCGACGGUGGCGAUUUCAGGCAUCUCCUCACGGCCUUUGGUUGCUCUUCGACGCUCUAGAUCCUCUGUUUCGUACAAUACUUCUCACCGAUUGCUUCAUCAUCGUCCUCUCUCUUCUCCUCGCCUGCUCUUCAGGAACACUCAUCGAGUCCAAGCGACGAUUUUGCAAGACGAUGAAGAGAAAGUGGUGGUGGAGGAAUCGUUUAAAGCCGAGACUUUUCCUGGUGAAGAACCACUCGAGGAGCCGAAUACGAGCUCUUCAACUAGUGCUAUGGAGGCUUGGAUCAUCAAGCUCGAGCAAGGAGUGAAUGUCUUCCUCACAGACUCGGUGAUUAAGAUACUUGACACAUUGUACCGUGACCGAACCUAUCCAAGGUUCUUUGUUCUUGAAACAAUUGCUCGAGUGCCGUAUUUUGCCUUUAUGUCAGUCCUACACAUGUAUGAGACAUUUGGUUGGUGGAGGAGAGCAGAUUAUUUAAAAGUACAUUUUGCUGAGAGCUGGAAUGAGAUGCACCACUUGCUCAUAAUGGAAGAAUUGGGUGGAAAUUCAUGGUGGUUUGAUCGUUUUCUGGCCCAGCACAUAGCAACCUUUUAUUACUUCAUGACCGUGUUCUUGUAUAUCAUAAGCCCUAGAAUGGCAUAUCACUUUUCGGAGUGUGUGGAGAGUCAUGCAUAUGAGACUUACGAUAAAUUUCUCAAGACCAAUGGAGAGGAGUUGAAGAACUCACCUGCACCCGAGAUCGCAGUAAAAUACUACACCGGAGGCGACUUGUACUUGUUUGAUGAGUUCCAAACAUCCAGAGCUCCCAAUACUCGAAGGCCGAAAAUAGAUAAUUUAUACGAUGUGUUUGUGAACAUAAGAGACGAUGAAGCAGAACAUUGCAAGACGAUGAGGGCUUGUCAGACUCUGGGAAGUCUUCGUUCUCCACACUCCAUUGUAGAAGACGACGAUUGUAAUGAAGAAUCAGGCUGUGUUGUUCCUGAGGCUCAUUGUGAAGGUAUUGUAGACUGCAUCAAGAAGUCCAUUACGAAUUAA